GUAGUUGACACGUGUGGAACGGAUAGAGAAACAGAUAAGGGCGCUCUCCGUACCAUCUUCCUAAUCCUCCUUACAUUUGCAGUGUUCCCAUGUCUCCUACCCACUGAAGUCGAACCCCUAUUUUCCCUCUCCCUAAUGGCUUCUCAAGUUCUUCUUCAGCAGGCACUGUUUGCCCCCAAGCUAAGUUUCCCUUCUUCUUCUCGUAACGUGGCGUUAAUUUCUAGGGUUCCUUCCACCCCAAUUUCAUGGCGUUGCACUCCCCUCAUUGCUAAGCCUAGUUUCGUAGUGAGAGCUGACACCAACCUCGAUGGCGGUGGUGAAGCCACCGAGGAUGUUCCUUCGGAUAAUGCUGAAAAAGUUUCGGAAGGCGAAGCAGAACAAGUUUCGGAUUCUGAAGCUCCGAAAUCGCCUAGAAAACCCCGAGUCAAACUCGGAGACAUUAUGGGGAUAUUGAAUCAGAGGGCAAUUGAGGCAUCCGAGAAGCAAAGACCAACUCCAGACAUUAGGACUGGGGAUAUUGUCGAAAUCAAAUUGGAGGUUCCUGAGAACAAGCGUAGGUUGUCCAUUUAUAAAGGGAUUGUCAUCUCAAAACAAAAUGCUGGUAUUCACACGACCAUUCGAAUCCGAAGAAUCAUUGCCGGCACUGGGGUUGAGAUAGUCUUCCCAGUUUACUCACCAAACAUCAAAGAAAUCAAAGUGGUAAGUCACCGUAAGGUCAGGAGGGCAAGAUUGUACUAUCUGAGAGACAAGCUUCCGAGAUUCUCCACUUUCAAGUGAUACUCGGAUACCCCACCUUUCCUCACGUUAUUCGUCGAACUAGUCUGCUGAUCCAGGAUAAGUGCUGCGGAGCUUUAAUUUUUUUAAUUUCAAUUUGUUCUGUUGUAGAAUACAUCAUUUUUCUUCCCCUUUGUGUAUCUUCCCUUAAAUCGAAACAAGUGUACUGAACCUUGAUAGUAUUGAGAAAUUUGAAGUGUUUCUUCUGCAUCACCA